AUGUUGACCUCCUUCACUUUGGCUGUGUUGGCAGCUGUUCUUCCUUCUGCGGACGCCCUUGUAAGAGAGGAUGGCGUGGGGAGAUUGCCCGCUUUAGGCUGGAACUCGUGGAAUGCCUUUGGGUGCAAUGUCAACGCUAGUGCUAUUCUCACAGCGGCAAAUGAGAUUGUUUCGCUAGGACUCAAGGAUCUUGGAUAUGAAUAUGUCAACAUCGACGACUGUUGGUCCAUUGAGGGAGUGCGCAACACCACAAACCAGCGUAUCAUUCCGAAUCCCACAAAAUUUCCUACUGGUAUCUCCGGUGUUGCUUCGCAAGUCCAUGACCUGGGAUUGAAGGUCGGAAUCUACAGCAGUGCGGGUGAGACCACCUGCGCGGGAUAUCCUGCCAGUUUGGGAUACGAACAAGUCGAUGCAGAGGCCUUUUCAGACUGGGGUAUCGAUUACUUGAAAUAUGACAACUGUGGCGUUCCAAGUAACUGGACCGACAAGUACAACGCUUGCGUCCCCGAUGGUGACAUUGGGACCAAUCCCAAUGGAACUUGUCCCGAUCUCACAGAUCCAGCACCACCGGGAUACGAUUGGUCCAAGUCUAAUACAUCCAUCAGAUAUAAUCGUAUGCGUGACGCCCUUCUUGAUCAGAAUCGGACUAUCCUGUUCUCCCUGUGUGACUGGGGCGAUGCGGCAGUCAACACCUGGGGCAAGGAGACUGGAAACUCAUGGCGCAUGUCAGGAGAUAUCAGAGCCGAGUGGUCUCGUAUUGCUCAAAUCGCCAAUGAGAAUAGCUUCUUGAUGAAUUACGUCGACUUCUGGGGUCAUCCUGAUCCAGAUAUGCUAGAAGUUGGAAACGGCAAUCUCACCGUGGAGGAGAACCGAGCUCAUUUUGCCCUUUGGGCGGUCAUGAAAUCUCCUUUGAUAAUCGGCACUGCGCUCAACGAGCUUAGUGACGAUAACCUUGCAACCCUGAAGAACAAGUACCUGCUCGACUUCCACCAAGAUUCCGUCAUCGGUCGUUCCGCUCAUCCUUACAAGUGGGGAUACAACCCUGACUGGACUUUUGACCCAGAGCACCCUGCCGAGUAUUGGUCUGGUCCUUCGUCGACCAUGAGGGGCACGCUGGUUCUUAUGCUCAAUUCGGAGGACUCGACUGCUACUCGCACUGCAGUUUGGAGUGAGAUCCCGGAGUUGAAGGGUCAUGGCUCUUAUAAGGUUACUGAUGCUUGGUCUGGUAAGGACUUGGGAUGUGUUCACAAGGAACACAGUGUUUCUCUGAGUAGCCAUGAUGUUUCCGUUCUGGUGGUCAAGGGAGCAUGCUAG